AUGGGCGCAACCCCGUUUCACCGUUCCAUCGUCGAGGUCCGGCUACCAAAGCACUUUGAUAAGCCGACGGACAUGAGGUACGACGGAACUCAAGACCCACAGGAGCAUCUCACGGCCUUCGAGGCCAGAAUGAACCUGGAAGGAGUAGGCGACGAAGUGAGGUGUCGCGCCUUCCCGGUCACUCUGGCGGGACCUGCCAUACGGUGGUUUAACAGCCUCCCGCAGGACUAUGUUGCCAGGUUUUCGGACAUUAGCCGCAAUUUCUUGGCCCAAUUCACUACCAGAAUUGCAAAGGCGAAGCACCUGAUCAACCUGCUUGGGGUGGCACAAAGACCCGGCGAGCCGACCAGAAAAUACCUGGAUCGGUUCAACGACGAGUGUUUGGAGAUUGACGGGCUAACCGAUUCGGUGGCUAGUCUGUGUUUCAUGAAUGGACUUCUGAACGAGGAUUUCAGGAGGCAUCUCACCACGAAGCCGGUGUGGACGAUGCAGGAGAUCCAAAGCGUGGCCAGGGAAUAUAUCAACGAUGAAGAAGUCAGUCAAGUCGUGGCUGCCAACAAGCGGCAGCCCACCUACAAUCAACCUCGGCAGCACGGGGGCGGGGAAAGACAGAAGGAGCACGCCAGAGACGGCGGUCCGGGCAAGACAUCCAGGCCGUUCCCCCGAGUCGGGAAGUUCACCAAUAACACCCCUCACCGCCCCCAUCAUAGAAGUUUAUCAACAGAUAGCCAAGAAGGGAAUUUUGUCGAAGCCCCGACCUCUAAAGGACCGAACUGGGGGGGACAAGAGCCUCUAUUAUGA